AGGACUUGUCCAGCACCAAACGACGACACCUUCCUAAGCAGGCAGGUUAGACCCAAUGGCGUCGAUUCCUGAUGAUCACUUUCCCACCAAUGACCAUCCCAUCGUCCACGGAGCAUCAGGCACCCAUGUAUUCACACAACAAAGCCCCGAUCAAACCGUCUCAACCCCCACAACCCCUCCAUCACCAACCCAUAAAACUAAUCCGUUUACAAUGACACCCCCAAACAUCCCCUUCAUCUACCGCCUCUGGCAUCUCUACCUCGAGCCAAUCGCCGCGAUAGGCGGAACUAUUCGCCUCAUCGCCGCGCCGGCCACAUACUUCGACUUCAUGCCCGCGACCGCCGCUUACAGCCCCACCUCGCACAUCGUGUACAACCAGCUCGCGGCUACAUACUUGUUGUUUGCGUUCAACCAGGCGGUUGUGCUGCGGGUUGCGAGGGAUUUGCAGGUCUGGAAGGCGCUGAUAUUGGGCAUGCUGUUGUGCGACGCGGUGCAUAUAUACGCGAAUUGGGCGGAGAUGGGCACGCAGCUUAUGCUGAACCCUUGGUUGUGGCGGGGAGGGGAUGUGGUAACGAUGAGUUUGAAUGUUGGGCCGUUUUUGCUGAGGGCUGCGUUUUUGGCGGAGGCGGGGUUUGGGGGGAGGAGGAAGACGGCUUGAGGGACUUGUUUGGAGGGGAGCGACCUGGGAGGGAUGUGGUUGUUUGGAUAGGAUUGAUAUGUGAGCGGGAAACGGGGUUUGCUGGCUUUCAUGAGAUUACAGAUCGACUCUUGCUCUUCUUUAUUAUUUCUACCCCAAUUUGUGACACCUAGACAUGCGCGAUUCGUGUAACAUUUCAAGUUCUUCCUUUGCAAUACAUUACCUACCUUGUUUGAAAGCCAC